AUGUCCCGAUACGCAGAAGCUCAUUUGAAUCCUAGUGGCCCGGGAGACGCUCGUCCGACAGCCCUUCAGAUUAUCAAGGACGAAGGAGUAGAGGGCAAGCUAGCCGGGAAGGUUAUCGUCAUCACAGGCACUUCGUCUGGAAUAGGGAUCGAGACAGCUCGCGCUCUGUCUUUGACUGGAGCAAGACUAUUGUUGACAGCACGAGACCUGAACAAAGCCAAGACUGCUCUGGACAGGAUCCUCGAACCAGGGCGUAUUGAACUCAUUGAGAUGGACAAUACUUCCUUGAGCAGUGUGCGUGCUGCCGCGAAAGCCAUUCUCCAGAAGUCGAACAACCAAGUCAACGUCCUUGUCAACAACGCCGGUAUCAUGGCUCUGCCCAAGUUGGAGUACACGAAAGACGGCUUUGAAAUGCAGUUUGGAGUUAACCACCUCGCCCAUUUUCUGCUCUUUGAGCUCUUGAAACUAGCUCUCCUCGCUAGCACCACCGCUGAGUUCUCAUCUCGAGUUGUGAAUCUCUCUUCUUCUGCCCAUCACGUCGCCUCGAUUAAUGAAUCAGGCGACUACAAUUUUAAGAAAAUUGAAUAUAAUGACUGGGUUUCAUAUGGACAAUCAAAGACCGCCAACAUCUUCAUGACCAAUGAGAUCGAGCGGCGCUACGGAUCGCGAGGCCUUCACGCUAAUAGUGUGCAUCCUGGCAUGAUUGCGACGGCAUUGAUGCAGCAUAUGGACCCUGCUAUGGUCGAAACGUUGAAAACGGACGAAAAGGCCUACAAAAUGAUGAAGUCACCAGAGCAGGGCGCUGCAACGACGGUGUGGGCUGCGAUUGGGCAGGAAUGGGACAAGAAGGGUGGAGAAUAUCUUGCUGAGUGCGGCAAAACAACCCGUGGAAACAACAAUCACGAGAUCACUGGUGUAGGGUUUGCAGGGCAUGCUUAUGAUCCCGAGAAAGAGGCUCGGCUCUGGAAAGAUUCGUUGAAGAUGGUGGGGCUGACAGAUGAUCAGUAG